AUGAAUUUUGUGACCCGCUAUGUGCAAAUGAGACCCCUGCUUCAUAGGAGGCUAGCACUUCCACAUCAAUCAAAAUUAUGCGGACUGCAAACACCGUGGUUGUCGUUCAAAAGGCAUAUUUCCCAAAAGCCACGCCCCACACAAAAAUUCUCGAGGAAAUACGCACGUAUACUUAUACUGUCGGUCCUGGUACCUUACACCGGAUAUGCUUUUUAUGUGUCCUUAGCAACAAUGAAGCAAAUUGACUUAAGAAAUGAAAUGUGUCAAAGGCUAGAGGAUGAUAAUGGCGAGGUCACUUACAAAGGAUCUUUGUUGAAAUACAGCCCAUUGGAAGUUAUGGGUAGGUUCGAAAACCCAUUCGAAGAAUACAGAAUUCAAACUGUUUUCGAAUUCUUCGCUAACAGAGUGUUCGAACUAUUUGAAAGAAAUAGAGGAGGUAUCCCGCCUGAUGUGCAUCAGAUGAACAAGCUAAUGCCCGUCCAUAAGCCCACUUGGGGCCCGGAUCUAGUUGACAUUGACCCCGCGGUCGAAAUUGGAAGACCUUUAGAAUGUAAAGUGCUAGACGAACCACAUACGUCGACCGCCAUAGUAGAAAUUGAGGGCUCAAACAAUCCCGUCUAUAACACGUGGUUAGGCCAGUCUUGUAAUUACACGGUCUAUAACGGAUUGAGGAUACUCACAGACCCUCUGUUCAGUGACUAUCUUAUUCAUCAGACAUUAGGCCCUAAAAGAAUCACGCAGAUGCCGUCUGAGAUUACAGAGGUCCCUAAGCCAGAUAUUAUCCUCGUUUCUCAUAAUCACCCUGACCAUCUAGACUCGCAAAGCUUGGAAUACUGGAGUGGCGAGAACUCUCCCUUAUGGAUAGUACCCAAAGGAAUGAAAUCGUACAUGACCAGCAAUGGCUGUGAAAACGUCUUGGAGUUAUCAUGGUGGGAAACUUUGCAAGUAAAGAAAAACGACGAAGUAUACCACAUAUCUGCAACGCCUGCCAUGCAUUGGUCAGGAAGAUCGCUUUUAGAUACAAAUAAAUCUCUAUGGUGCUCCUUUUUAUUAACUCAUCACGGAGUUCCUAUACUUUUCCAUGCCGGCGACACUGGUUAUGUGAAAGACUUAUUCGUAAGAAUCAAAGACCGUUUUGGCAAAGGCUGUAAAUUAGCAUUGCUGCCAUGCGGACAGUAUUGCCCCGAAUGGCAUCAAAAGCCGCGACAUGUUAACCCUCAUGAAGUUCUUAAGAUUAUGAAAGAUUUAGAAGCCCAAAAUGUAUUGGGUGUCCAUUGGGGCACUUUUGUACUAAGUGGAGAAUAUUUCUUGGAGCCAAAGGAAAAAUUAGAAAUGCUGGCUGAAUGGGGUGGAUUUAAAGACCGUUGUUACUGUCCCGAGCUAGGCAAGACAGAAUGCUUUGAUUAG